GCAGUAGUAUAGCGCGUACCUUGUCAGACUGUUAUAUAGUUGGUGUUAGUAGUAUAAAAUCGAAGCAAUUUUUAUGUUUCUCUGUUUAUAUAUAUAUUUAUUAUAAUUUACUUGUAAUUAUUGUUGUCAUUUUUCUAGUAUAUUAAUAGUAUUUAUUGUUAAUAAUACCACACACUUUUAAAUCGUUUCAAUUUAUUAGUAUAAAUAUCUCUAACCAACUGAAAAAUCAUUCUUUUUAUUAAUAUUUAUCUGAAAAAAUGAAAAAAGUAAUAUAAAUACAUUGGUGAAAUAAGUAAAUAUAAUAGCUUUGUAGGGUUAUAUACUUAUUGUAAUUUAUUUAUAUAUAUCCAAGUGUGCAAUACGAUGAAUGAAAAUAAAAAUGUGGCAAGAGGGAGGUGAAGCUCCCUUUGAUGAAUUAAUUGACUCGAAGGGCGAUGAAAUACAGAAAUUGAGUGUGAUACAAACGUUGCCAAGUUUGUUGGUUGGAGAUCCGCAAACAUGUAUUCAAAGAUUAAUGCCCAAGAUGCAGGAGAGUCUGCAAGAAGCAUCAACAGAAUUUCAUGUUGCCGCAUCCUCGACAUUCAAAACUAUAUUAGAACAAAGACUUGUCAGUCAUUCAACAUUUACACAGACAUUCCUACAAAGCAUUUUAAACUCACUCGACAGCAAGGAUCAAGUGGUAGCUGAUGCUUGGUUGGAGACCUUGCUUGAUGUUAUUGAGUUACUACCCAGUGAAGUGAUAAAGCGUGAGAUAUUACAAGUGGCAAUAAGCAAAGGACAAUUGUCUCAGCCAGUAAAUUCACGUAUUAUUUGUUGUAAAUUAUUGGGAAAAAUAUGUACACGUUUUAAUUCACAAUUAAUAAGAAAACAAGUUUUACCAACAGUUCAUUCAUUGUGUCAAGAUGUCAAUAGCGAUGUUAGAGCAUGUAUAUGUUUACAAUUACGUUUUGUAGCAGAAGGAUUGGGUCCAGAGUCUGUUAAAUCGGCAUUAUUACCAUCAAUUGUCGAACUAGCUAGUGACGAAGAAAGUAUUGUAAGACACGCUUCUGUACAGACAAUAGUUUAUCUACUACCUCAUCUAAAUGCAGACGUUAUAAAAAGUACCAUAUCACCGUUGAUUAAAAAAUCAUGCGACAAUGCGCUCAAGUCAGACGUUACUGUCAUGUGUACGAUUGCUGAAGAGUUUGGAAAACUAGCAAUUGGCUUAGAAAAAUCAUUAUCCACCUCUGAAAAAACUUGGCUUAUUCAAUUUUUUAAACAAUUAUCACAAGUUGGAAUUUUACCAAAUAAAGAUAAAAAACCAUCAGGUUCUACUUUUAAUAGUAAUAAUACUAAUUCUAAUAGUAGUAAUCCUGGUAAUAAACAACAAGAAUUUUCAACAAUUAAUAUCAGUACCAGUAAUCCAACAAUUGUAGAGCAUUAUGUCGAGUGUCGAAGACUCUGUGCUUUUAAUAUUCCUGCAAUGUUUAUAUUUGCCGCUUCAACAAUUGAAGAUGUUGACGAUUUAAUAGCUACAUUUUCAGAACUAUCAGCAGAUCCAUUUUACUUGGUUAGACGGACUAUCGCUUGUGGAAUACAUGAGGUCGCUAAAAUUCUUGGACCAAAAAAUUAUUUAAUAAGAGGUGAAUUGAUAAAAUUAUUAAAGGAUGAUAAUGAACAAGUGUUGCAAGGCUUAAUACCAGAAUUAUCAAAGACACUUGAACUUUUAAUCCAAAGUCAAUCAGUUGGAAUAGAACAAUUGGAGUCAUCGGUUGUUGAUAUGGGAAAAGCGUUAUUAAAAUGUGAAAAUGAAAUUUUUAACACCAAUAAUUGGAGAUUGUCUAAAUUAAUGUUGGAACAAUUAGAAAUAUUACCAAAAUGUUUUCCAAGUGAUUAUAUUUAUACAUAUUUUGUGCCUGUUACUUUAAAUCGUGCAUUGAAUGCGAGACCUAUGCCAGUAAAAUUAGCUGCGGGACGAACAUUUUUGGUAUUUAUACGAUAUAAUUUAAAACCAGUCGAAAGAAGUGAAUUGAGAAAUAAAUUGUACAGUAAAUUUGCACGUAAUAAAAGCUGCUACAUAAGAAUGUUAUUUAUACGAAUGAUGAUUGAAGCAAUGACACUGUAUUCGUCAAUGUAUUUUAAAGAACAUUUUUACAUGGUAGUAUUGAGUUUAUCUGAGGAUCCAAUAGCAAAUAUUAGAUUAAAAUUAGUGAGUUUAUUACCGACAUUAAAAUCCUACAUACGACUACCUUCUGAUAAAAAACUUUUAUCAUCAUUUGAGUCAAGUGUACGUAAUUUAAUGAAUAAUGAAAAAGAUCGUGAUGUUAUUUCUGCAUUGACAACUGUAAUACGUAAGCUAGAUGAAAUAGAUGUACGCCACGAAGGUCAAUCUUCAUCUGUUAAAUUAAAUAAGCAAGACAAUGAUGAUUUUAAAAAAUAUGAAGAGGAAAAACAAAUAAUGGCAACUGUAUCGGGUAAAUUGUCAACUGGACAACAAGUAACAUUAAUAAAAAAAUCACCAAUUGCAGUAACUGGCCGAGUCAAUUCCAAUGACGGUGCAUCAUCUAUACGUAAUACCAAACAGUCAGGAAUAUCAAGUGAUAAUUUAUCUAAAUCAUCCAUAUCGUCACAAAAAGUUAAACAGACAGGUUCAAUGCCACUAACGGAUUCAACGACAUUCAAAUCGAGACAAACAACAACAAAAAGUUUUGACUUAGCGAAAGCUAGUACGUCUAGUGACGAUUUAACAUCAAGCUGGGCUCGUUUAACUUCAAACAGCAUGUUACUAACCCAUCUUUGGGAAAAAAUAGACCACCGUGGGUCUUCAAAACUUUCCUCACUAUCCGCACCAUCGUCGUCGUCGUCGUCGAUGACAUCUAAUCAGAGUAACUUUUUGGGAAUAGCUACUAACAAUUCUGAAGAAACUGAUAUAUCCUCAAAUUAUUAUUAUCACCCGCCGUGUAAUUGUUACAAAAGUUCUAUUUAUCCAAGUUCAUCAUUAUCAAGUUCUGGUAAUAUUGAAAUGGAUUAUAAAUCAACAGAAGCUAGUACGUACUCUUGUCGUGAAUCAUUGUCAUCAAAAUUAAAUUCAACCCAUCUAUAUCAUAAUCACCAUCAUCACCUCUAUAAUCAUCACCAUAAUCACCAUCAUCAUCAUCAUCAUAAUCAUAAUCAUAAUCAUAAAUCAAAUUAUUUAGAUACUAAUUACUCGUCACUAACAACUCCGCUGGUACUAACUCGUAAUAAAGAUGAUAGGCAUGGAAUUAAUCAGUAUAACAAUCCUUAUAAAUAUUUAAAUAAUUAUUUAAUGCCACGUGAAAGUACGCAGAGCUAUAAUAAUGAUGAUAAUAAUAAACUGAUGCCUAAUUUUGCUGCUCUUCGGGCUGUUACUAAUGCUGCACAGCAUAAUUCAUGUUGGGGUUUUAGUUCAAUGCCAGAGAUACCAGUAACUCUUUUGGAGGAUGAAUUUUUGGUCGACACCGGAAUGAGAAUUCCAGCUCAAUUGUCAUCGUUGUCUCAAAGUACAUCAAAAAUACCAAAUCUUCAGGAUAUUAUUUAUCGUAAUACACGUAUUGAUAAUUACAAUGUUAAUAAAUCACGACGAUCUAACAUUAGUUCUUCUCCUUGUAGUUCUAUUAGUUUUAAUAAUUCUGGAGUUAUUAAUAUAGAUAAUAAAGGUAAAAGUAAAAUUCAUUAUCAGUUACCUGAAAGCUGUUUAAGACGAACAACAAGUGUUGAUAAAUCAAAUAGUAUAGGCAAUAUUGUUGGUAAUAGACUAUCAAUGAGUUUUGAUGAAACAACAAAAAUUAAUAAAAUAACGAUAAAUGAUGAUAAUAAUGAUAAUGAUGAUGAUGAUGAUGAAGAAAACAUUAAAUCUAAAAAAUAUUCAUCUAAAAGUAUCAUUGGAAAACGUCUUAGUAGCAGCAAUAGAAAUAAUAGUACAAGUAAUAAUUCAACUACUGGUGAGAGUAUUACAAUAACUGGUACAAGUAAAAUAAUAGAUGAUAAAAAAAAAAAAUUAUUAUUUGUUGAUCGUGAUAAAAAUUUUAUCCCUUCAAAUACUAAUAUUACUAAUAUUACUACUGCUGCUACUACUACUACAACAACAACAACUGCUGGUGGUGGUGGUGGUGGUGGUGGUGGUGAUGGUAGUGGUAGUGGUAGUGGUAGUGGUAGUGGUACUCGAAUACUUGACAAAACUAAACGACACUCUGCUAGUUACAGUAUUAAAUUUUUUGACAGUAAAAAUUACAAGGAUAAAUUUAAAAGACAUAGUCUGGAAGUACCCGAGUAUAGUCCCGAACGUGGAAGAUUAAAAAGAAAUUAUACUUUGGAUGUUAAUCAUAAUCAAGGAAUUAGUAAAAUUCCAUUGAGAAAUUCAAUUUUAACUGGUAGUCGUACUGCUCCAGUAACUCGAGCUUCCAGUCCAAUAAGAUUGGGACCACAAAUAAGCUUUGAUCGGGAAAAAGAUCAUCAAACCGGUAAUAAAUAUCAUCAUAGUGAUCACAGAGUUAUGACUAGGUUUAGUUCUAGCGAUGAACAAGUUGACAAACUAUGUAUAAGAUUUGCUUACGUUGAUUCUUAUGGAAGAGAAGAAAACCCCCGUAAAAGUAUAAGUAAAUUACCCGUUUGGGUACCCAGAAAAAAAUUAUAGUUUCAUAAAAUAAAAUAAAAUCACAAACUAUAAAAAAUAGAGACACAUCAUUUCAGUUGCAAUAUCUAUUAAUUAGAUUAUCUUUUU